AUCAAACAAGCAAAUAAUAGACUUGUUCACAUUCAUCCUCCAUCCAUAUUCUCUAAACUCAAAUUUUAUCAAAAUCAUCAUUUUUCACCAAGUAAAUAACUUGUUAAAUUCAUAAUAAUCAGCCCAAAUGCAUGAAGCAAAUGAACCCUUAGAAAGCCCACCGGCCCACCCGACUCGUCCUUUCUAUCUCCCUCCUUCAGUCAUUCGCAGCCUCCGCCGCUAGUUUCCGCUGUUUUUUUUAUAUUCCCGCCGUUUCCCCUCCACCUUCCCUGUAAGUCGGACGGAAUCCGCGCUUUCGGCCACCUCUCUGCAUUAGACCUCUCUGCACAAGCAACUCAGAAACAAAUACAUCUCAGGUAAAAACCUAAAAGAAGUGCUUCGACGAUAUCAGCCUUCACUCAAACUAUGCAAACCUUAAACCCGCCCAAAACCCCUUUGAGCAUCAACCAGAGGGUUUUGUUUCCCGGUACUUUUCCCUCUUCGAUUUCUUCCUUUCAGCCGAAUUCCACUCAAAGCGGUCGUAGAAUUUCUUUCUCCUCGAUGUCGCUGAAGAGUGAACAUAACCACCCUGAGAAAUUGUCUCUGGAUUCUCUACUCGAUAGCGGCCGCAAAGAGGGUGUUCUUGGUGCGAUUAAGGGUGGGUUGUCCAAUUGCCUCUCUGAGACGAAUCUUCAUUUGACGGUUCCUGGCCUCAAGUCCAAAACCAGAGGGAAGGUGAGGGAUAUAUACGAUGGUGGAGAGUACCUUGUUCUGGUAACCACUGAUAGGCAGAGCGCAUUUGAUAGAGUUCUCGCUUCCAUUCCUUUCAAAGGGCAGGUUCUUAAUGAAACGAGCCUGUGGUGGUUUGACAGAACUCUGCACAUCACUCCAAAUGCUGUUGUAUCUGUUCCUGAUAAGAAUGUCACAAUUGCUAAAAAAUGUUCUGUCUUCCCUGUUGAAUUUGUUGUGAGAGGAUAUGUGACAGGAAGUACUGAUACAUCGCUGUGGACGGUAUAUAAUAAAGGUGUGCGAAAUUAUUGUGGUAAUGCUCUUCCAGAUGGCUUGGUGAAAAACCAAAAGCUACAGAAAAACAUUAUCACCCCAACAACCAAGGCUGAGGAUCACGACGUCCCCGUGACUCCAGAAGAGAUAAUUAAACUUGGACUAAUGACUGAAGCUGAGUAUUGUGAAGCCAGUAAGAAAGCAUUGAGCUUAUUUGAGUUUGGACAGCAUGUGGCUUUGGAACAUGGCUUGAUUUUGGUGGACACAAAAUACGAAUUUGGAAAAGGCUCGGACGGUUCCAUUCUAUUAAUUGAUGAGGUUCACACACCUGACUCGAGCAGAUACUGGAUUGCUCGUUCCUAUGAAGAACGUUUCCAGAAGGGCCUUGAACCUGAAAAUGUCGAUAAGGAGUUCUUGAGGUUGUGGUUCAAGAAUCACUGCAACCCAUACGAAGACAAGGUUCUCCCUGAUGCUCCAGAAGAACUCGUGAGUGAGUUAGCCUGGCGGUACAUUUUCUUGUACGAGACAAUAACAAAAUCGGAAUUCAAACCACCAAUAACAGAGGAACCCGUUCAUGACCGGAUCUCACGGAAUGUCGAACUAGCCUUAUCAUCCCUGAAGUAAUUUUGAAGUCCUAGAGGACGUUUCAGGGACUGACUUUCUCAAUCACUUCCCUAUCAACCAUUAUGUAUCGACGAUUCAACUUAUGGAUAUGACUAUUUCUGGCGGCGCAAGGUGCUCUUGGUCUAUCGUAGGGUGCUGUUACGCGGAAGAGUGCUAAGUGCCGCACGGCCAAGAGUUGGUCCGUGACAGUGCCCGGUGUGCUCUUUGUGAUGUGCCGAGCUGGACUGUCUUGCUCUGUUUGUAGGAGACUGAUUGUCAAUUUUGUUGCAAUGGAGAGCAACAACACAUGUUACUGUCAUAAAUGCAGGCAACCUUGUGCUAAUUGCUUGUACUUUCAGACCAUUGAAAAUUUGGCAUCAAAACUAUUGUUUGUUCGGGAAUUACUUGCGUUGACCAAAAAAUGAAAACAAAUGUCUAAC